UUAUUGGUGCCAUAUAUUUUUUCACAAUGCUGGGAAUUGUCUGCAAUAACUACUUCAUCCCGGCAGUUGAGUGCAUCUGCGAGGAUUUAAAUAUAUCACGGGAUGUCGCCGCUGCAACGUUCAUGGCUGUAUCCGGAACUAUUCCUGAGCUCUUUACCAACUUAAUCAGUACAUUCAUUACGGAUUCACCGAUGGGUCUUGGUGCUAUUAUUGGAUCCCUUCUGUACAAUACUUUGGGAGUUGCUGCUGUAGCUAGUUUAGCUACCAUCAGUCCUGUACAGAUCAAUUGGUUUCCUCUUGGCAGAGAUUGUAUGAUUCUGUUCAUUAACUCAGCCCUACUGACUGGAUUUAUCUGGGAUGGUCAGGUGACCUGGUAUGAGGCCAUGACAAUGGUUAUUUGUGCUGUCCUCUACUUCAUAACUCUGUUCCAAAAUAAGCGUAUUGAGCGUCUGGUUAAGAGCGUUGUGGAGGACAAAUGGAAUUGCUUCACGGAUCCCAAGUACAAUUUAGAUGCAGCUAAAGAGAAUACCACUGUGGCUGGUGCUAGAGAAGGUCCAACACCACGGCUAAGCACAAUUUCGAAUAGCCCUUCUGUAGUGUCCGCUAAAGCUAAGACUCUUGAGGAACCAGAACGUGUUGUUGCACCGAAACCUGAUCCACCUAGGACACCAAAGUCACUAUAUAAAAUCCCCAAUGACACCCGAAUCAUGCAGUUCUGGUUCUUCUACUCCUGGCCUAUCCAGUUCUUCCUACGCUACUUGGUACCCAGCCCAAAAUACCAUCGCAGGUGGUAUCCACUGACAUUCAUCAUGUGCAUAGUCUUGAUUGGCGGUAUCGCUUUCAUGGUGUUCUGGAUGAUUGCCCUCAUUGGUUACACCUUCUACAUUCCGGAAUCAGUCAUGGGUUUAACUCUCCUAUCUUGGGGAAGUUGCAUGCCAGAAGCAGUGGCUUGUGUCUUAGUCGUUCGCAAAGAAUUGGAGUCUGGUAAUGGUGAAAUGCCAAUACAAGAUGCUCGGCACGAAGUUCAUAUCAACAAGACAAAGAGACAAUAUUGGUUUCCAUUCAAUGAUCCUGGAGAUGAUUCUGAAUGCCCAAAGAAUGGUGGAUCAUCAAUUGAGGAUUUCCCAGAUGAUCUCUUUACACAAGAGCAGAGACGACAGGGCGCUAUUAUUCUCCACAUAAUCUGUACUAUUUACUUCUUCACCAUCACUGCCAUGGUAAUAAAUGGAUAUUAUAUUCCAUGCAUCGAGUGUAUUUGUGAGGAUUUGAAAAUAUCACCGGAUGUCGCUGCCGCUACGUUUAUGGCAACAGCCACAGCAAUGCCUGAAUUCUUCACAAACACCAUAUCCAUCUUUCUCACGGACUCAGAUAUGGGCAUUGGCACAGUUAUUGGAUCUAUGAUGUUCAACAUCCUUGGUGUCAGUUCUAUUGUGUGCUUUUUCUCAAGAGAACCCUACCUCAUUGACUGGUUCCCCAUUUCGCGGGACUCUUUUCUCUAUCUCGUCCAUGCGGCCUGCCUUACGGCCUUUGCCUGGGACAACAAGAUCAUGUGGUGGGGUACCGUGGUCAUGUGCAUCCUAGUCAUCAACUAUUACAUCGUCAUGAUACUCAAUAGUAGAAUCCAGAAUUUUGUGGUCUCCUUCGUGGAGAAAAGAUGUACCUGCUGUACCAUUAAGAGGCCGGAAUUUGAAGAACAAGAUGAAGCGUCAGAGAUUGAAACGAAACCACGAAAAUCGGAAAAGGUUGUUCACAUCUCUACAAUAUCAACAGUUUUCGAUCCACCAACAAAACCGACAUCGGAACCCCCAACUGAACCUGCAACGCCAGUGCCACCUCGAACCCGAGCUUCCGUCACGUCCAACCCGAAUCCCAAUCCCAGAACCUCAAUCCUGUCGAAUAUCAUACGACGACCUUCGGUUUCCCCAUCUGCAGAUUCCCAAAUCUCAGAUGAAUUCCCACCCCGCCAGGUGGAUCCCAGACGACCAUCAAUUGCUGUACUCAAACCACCAAUUACGAAACCCUUCGUACUGUGGAACAUGCCAAAGUCAUCGGUUGGACGUCGGAUCUGGUGGCUCUACACCUGGCCAAUCCGAUUCGUCCUUACCUUUACCGUUCCUUCGCCCAAGCGCAUGAGACGCUUCUAUCCCUUGACAUUCAUCAUGUGCAUCGUCUGGAUAGCAAUCAACUCCUACAUGAUCUUCUGGAUGCUGACAGUUAUCGGCUAUACCUUCUACAUCCCUGAAUCCAUCAUGGGAAUGACCUUCCUGUCCUUCGGUGGAUGCACCCCAGAAGCCAUCACUGGCUUCAUUCUAACCCGCAAAGGAAUGGGAGGAAUGUCAAUAGCCAAUGCCAUUGGAUCAAGUUCAGUAGCUAUGCUGUUAUCACUGGGAUUACCCUGGUUUAUACGAACAAUGGUGGACGGAGCUGCAUACAGUGGUGCCUAUAUAGCACUCAAAUCUAGCGGAAUUCAGUACAUUAUAGCAACCCUACUCCUCGUCAUCACAAUUGCAUACACCAUCAUUGCAAUUGGGAAAUUCAGAAUAAGAAAACUCCUAGGACCGUUCCUAAUCUUUUUCUACGUUUUCUUCAUAACAAUGGCCAUCCUGGUAGAAAUGGAUGUAUUUAUUGGUGGUAUUCAGUGUUAAGGAGAAGAAACCUAUACCAAAAUUGGAAAAAGUUAGUACCUUAAUGCCGGCUUCAGACUGGAGGCUUAACCCAGUUCCCGAAGGUCUCAAAAAUCUGAAUAACAAGUUUUUCAAGAAUUAUUGAUUUUUCAAAAUCUAUUGGAUCAUUUGCCCUUAUUAUCCAAUUCUAAGCAACAAUUUCCUAAAAAAAAUCGUGCCUGAUGAGGAAUUAGAGGAGUUAAGCCAGAUGGCUAAGCCUUAGGUCUGAAGCCCAUAUAACUUGAUACCAUGAGCACCGCAGACACAAGUGAAUUUCUCUAUCAUUUAUUCAUAUUCAUCCAAAUGAGACAAGAAAAAUAAGUGAAGAAAACAUAAUAAAGUUAAAUACUCAUACAUUUUCGCCAACAAUGAAUAGACAUUACUUUUAGCAUAUAAUGUUGAAGUAACAAAACGGAAAAUAAAAUCCAAUUCAAAA